GCGAGGUUUGUGCUAACGGCAGCUAACGAACCAACUGACAGCCGAGAACGUUCCCUGAGCUCUGUAGCUUAGUCAAAGUAAUGCGAGGAAAACCCAAGUGACUAUCUCCGCGGUAGAUGCCGGCUCGUUUUUUCGACAGCGGUUUAAAUGCAGCUGCGGCUCUGUGAAGAAGGCUGGUCUGUUGUUGACAUCCAUAACGAGCACGGAUGUGUCGCCAGCCUAACCACAAACGCUUCGAGCUAGCCUAACUUUCUCACGGAAGUUUCCCACCUGGUAUGCUUUUCAAGCAUUUGCUCACUGUGACGCGGCAUUAGGCCGGACUUAAGUCUGUUACUUAAGAGAUUGCGAUGAAGCUCCAGUGUGAUGUCGAGGUGGUGAAUCGGAUGCUGCCGACGUUUGGGAUGAAAAGUCGAGGCAAGGGGACGAGAGCAGUGCUCUCCAUUGGGAAGCAUUUGGACAAGACGACUCAACGCAGCAACAUCUACUUGAUGAUCUGCACAGCCAAAGACAGAGCCGGAUCAAAGUACAAGCUAAAAGGCAACAUAGAGAAGUUCUUCACUUGGUUUGUGGAGGAAGGCAAGGCCACUGUGAGAUUAAAGGAACCUGCUGUUGACAUUUGUUUGAGCAAGGCUGACUCCAACAGCUUGAAGAACUUUCUCUCGGCAGCUCGUCUAGCAGACAGAGGGAGUGACACGAGCAGCCUUCCUCUGUCCACACUGACUCCUGUUCGCGCCAGAGACGUAGAGCAGCCCAAGAAGAAACUCUCCAUCGUCUCCAAGAAGGAUUACCCACUCACCUCCAACUUCCCUCACUCCCUGGAGCAGCUGCAGGUGUCGUACUGCAAACUGUCACGCGUGGACAUGCGAAUGCUUUCACUCAAAGCUCUGCGCAAGCUAGACCUCAGUAACAACCAUAUCAAGAAACUUCCCGCCACCAUCGGUGACCUCAGCUGUCUUUCCGAACUCAUCCUCCACAAUAACCACCUGGAAGCCUUCAGCGAGGCACUCUGUCUGUCCACCCUCCAGCGGACCCUCCAACACCUGGACCUCAGCCAGAAUCGCUUGCAGACGCUCCCUGCUCAGUUCUGCCAGCUCAGAGAACUCGUGAACCUCAAACUGGACGAUAACGCACUCCUGUGUUUGCCGUUCCACAUCGGCCGACUCUGGAAGCUGAGGUUCCUGUCCGCGGCACACAACCAGCUGGCUGUACUGCCUGGUGACUUCCGCAAGCUGAGUCUAGAGAACCUGGACUUGUUCGGAAAUCCAUUCAUCCAGCCCAACCCUCUGGACCACAAAAUGCAGCUUACAUUCCCACUUCCACUUCAGGAGUUGGCCUCCAGAGCCGUGGCCAAUCUCAGAAUCCCAUAUGGACCUCACCUUAUCCCUGCUCACUUGUGUCGGGACCUCGAAAUAGCCAAAACCUGUGACUGUGGUCGCAUCUGCAUCAGUUUCUACAUCAAGACUGCAGUGAGCAUGAACCUCCACCAAGUCUCUCACACAGUUGUGCUGGUGGAUGACAUGGGAGGCACAGACGCACCGGUGGAGCAACACUUCUGCUCGCUUUCCUGCUACUCCGAAUUCUUAGACAACUCCCUCCAGAGAGGAACCAGAUGAGGACGGAAACUUAUUUGAUCGAAAAACGUUGCCGCCUAGAAACCUCUGUGUGUGCGUAUGUGUGUCGGCGUGCGCGUUUGCGCUGCAGUAGUUAGGAUUGUGGGAUACAGUCUUAAGAGUAUGUGAAGAGGAAGCUGCAGUGGUAAAUGGCUCCGCCGUAGUUUCCUUAUGCUGCCUUUGAGUGAAAGGACAAUAUUGAGUUUGUUGUGUUUUUAAAAAGAGCUUCAAGCUGUUUGUUUAUGCUUAAAUUUAUGUUGAGGCAGUUUCCGUUUAUCAAAAUGGGGUCGGAGACAAGCAUGAAUAUGUUACCUCUUGCUCCAUCUGAAACAGAGUGGCACUUACUGUACGUUAUGAUAGCAGGCAGCACAAAACCUUGUGCUGCUGGCAAAUCUCUUAACAGUAUUUUUUUUUCCUUCCUUGUGUUUAAAGAGACCGCUGACCUACUUCCAUCAGACAGGGGAAUUACAAGAUUAGAUAAAUUUCCUGAAAACAGUGCCUCAGGGUCAAUGACUAACAGCCAAAGGGAGGUGCUUUUUACUGUGCAAAUGACCCACAAUUUUUACAUAUGUGAAAGAUUAAAUAAAAGUAUUCA